AGAUUACUGCUGGCAAUAAGAAAGGUAAUAAUAUCAAUGGUCUUAAGCAUAGAUGUACCACUCAAAGCGUCGGAAGAAGCUACUGUGAAAUUCCUAUUAGAAAUAGCUUUUGGAUCUCAAAAGAAGCUCAAUUUGCAAUCAACUCGUCAGUGUUUAAGCCACGAUGUUUUUCAAAUGCCAAGAGUCGUCCCAGUUGUUCCAAACGAAAAUCAACCAUCAAAUAUGGAAGAAGGAAGUGAAGGUGUCAGUCUUCCAAGAAGUACGACCAUUUAUCUAUCAUGUACUUGCAUCAUCAUUAUUGGAUUUCUCAUCGCUGCAAUUGUCCUGUACGUGAUCUUGCCAUUCCCGCUCGAUAUUCCAUCCGAUCAUGAAUUCUUUUAUGGAAAGUAAACGUUGACUUUGAUUAAUUUAUAAACUUUUGAACAAUAAAUUACCAUUUUU